UCUUUUUCGCUCCUCCAUCAGAACCCCUCAUGAAGAUGGCCGCUUAACCACUCCGCACCAUGGGUUAACUAGGCGCCUUAAUCUGGCCAGGCCGGCAGCAAACGAGGUCAGAGACGUACGGCAGCCAGCAGAGCGGCGACGGCAGCGACCAGCGAGCAUGGUGGGAGCGGCGGAGGGGAAGCUGGCGCUGGGAGACAUGAGGGUGCUCAAGCCAUUGGCCCACCUGCUGGUCGGGCUGGUGCUCUACUGGGUGGCCGAGGAGAUGACGGUGCCUGUGCUGGUCGACGUCACCACCGCCUCCCUCUGCCCCGGCGACGGCAGCACCUCCUGCCCGGAGGCCAUCUACCUCACCGGCCUCCACCAAACGGUUGGAGGCAUUUUCAGGGCGGUGGGAUUCACUCUGAUGGGGCAGCUCGCUGACGAGUACGGCAGGAAGCCUCUCCUCAUCCUCGCCGCCGGCACCUCCAUCAUCCCCUACAGUGUGCUUGCUCUGAGCAGCACCAAGGUGGCCGUGUACGUCUACCUUGUCACACGCACCCUUUCAUUCAUGAUCGGCCAAGGGACCAUAACCUGCCUCGCAUUGGCGUACACGGCGGAUUUGGUUGAACCGUCCAAGAGGGCCUUCGCGUUUGGCUGUAUGACCGGGAUCCUGUCGGCUUCGCACUCCCUGGGGAACGUCUUCUCCAGGUUUCUGCCCGAGCAGUGGAUUUUCCAGGUCUCGGUUCUUCUCUUGGUCUGUUCCGUGGUCUACAUGAAGGUUUGUCUGGUUGAGACACUUCAGAAAGCUCCCUCUGCUUCGUGUCAGCGUUUGUCCUUGUCGUCUUUGGUUCUCGGUUUGCCGCAGCAGCGUUGGGAGUCUAUCAAGGACAACAUUAGCAUGAUCAAAAUCAACAACACACUUAAGCGAAUCACAUACAUUUCCUUCUUCUACGAGUUGGGCAUGAUUGGCAUCAGCGAUGUUCUACUGUAUUACCUGAAGUUGGUAUUUGGAUUUGACAAGAAUCAGUUCUCCGAAAUUCUAAUGGUGGUUGGAAUUGGUUCAAUCUUUUCUCAGAUAUUGAUACUCCCAGUUGCUAUCCAUGCAAUUGGCGAGAAGGGAGUCCUGUGCAUUUCAAUACUUGCAUCGGUUGCUUAUGCUAUGCUAUACGGCUUGGCCUGGAGUUGGUGGGCUCCAUAUUUUGCUUCUUCACUGGGUAUCAUCUAUUGUCUGGUCAAGCCGGCUACUUAUGCGAUCAUCUCUAGGGAAGUAGUCUCAGCUGACCAGGGAAAGGCACAGGGAUUCAUCGCAACAGUGAAAUCCACAGCUAUACUGAUGGCCCCAUUGUUCAUGAGUCCUCUAACCUCCUACUUUAUUUCGGAAGAAGCACCCUUCAACUGCAAAGGUUUCAGUUUUCUUGUCGCCGGUUUCUUCCUGGCAGUAUCAUUGGCAUUUGCUUGGAUGCUUGAUCCAGAGAGCAAAGACAAACACAUUGGAGUUGCAGAUCAGGACCAGCUCGAUCAAGAAGCAGCUCAAGCACCACUGUUGGCACAACCAUGAUGAAGUUCUUGAGGAACUGUGCAUCUGAAGAAUGCUUAUUUGCAGCUUCAGCUGAUAACUAAAGCUUCUGCGCACAAGUUAGCUUCAGAUUAUAGUAGUAUUAAAUAUUGAUCUCCCCUGCCUGCCUCUUCCUUAGCCCUAGCUACUUACCCUUUUCGGUUUUCCGAGUAUUUAUUUUCAGGGAGUUUUUGUUUUCAGUCACACUGUUUUCUGGUUGCCGGCUAGCUACUGUAGCUGGUUUGUACAGUUUUUACUCCGCCUUAGCUUGGACGGAGAUUGGCCAUGCAUGUCACCAUAUGUAUAAUUAUUCAAUCCAAUUAUAGAUAUUACCGAAAAAG